UCUCCUUCAGCCUUGUGUUUCUCUGUGUCGGUGUCCCGUCGUCCCUCAUGGCUGUGUUUCUCUGUGUGGUUUCCCCAAUAAUCCCACGCUGUUACGUGCAGAUCACCACAGAACUCAGCGAAUGCUUGCGACUAUAUUUCAGCGAGAGUGUAAAGUCUUUCCCAUGGUGCAAUAACCUCCACUAUCUUGCCAUGACUCAGGCCUGAGGGUGCCUCUGCUCCACUGACACUCAGUUGAACUUUGGUACAGGACACAGAACAGGCUUCUGGGUGAGCAAAGCACAACGCUGGGGCAACAGAAAGAAAACGGAAGCGCUGAGCUGAUACUUCACAACACUGUAACGCGAUCUAUGAACCAUAAAAGAUGAAUCUUGAGAGUGCAGAUGCUUAAAGUAGCUUACUUUUAUAGACAUUCAAGGUGAUUUUUCCUCCCUUGAGGUAGUACUAUGUUCUCUUUCAUCACAUGGCUUCUUCCAACUUCCUACUUCUUACCAGGGUGGCUGACUCUAGAUAUAAAUCCACUGGAAAGUUUACUCCAAGGGCUGGUAGCUGCAUGUGGGAUCUCUGUGCUGUGCUCCCUGUUGAGAGUGCAUUUAUUCUUGGAGGAGAGCUGGAGUAAAAAAAAUGGUGAAGACACAUCAACUCGGAAGACAUCCGGUCAUCCGAUAAGGACAAAACCUGGACUUACUGGGCUGCUUCAGUUUCUCUUUGUAACUGGGAUACUGUGUGUAGUGGGCUCCCGUGUGGCCUCACUGGUGGUACUAGAAUUCUGUCUUCGAGCUGUCUCUGGAUUGGUUACAGCUGGACCAGAGUCGGGGAAAUUUCUGCAGCAGCUGUUAGUUCAAAGCCAGUUCUCUCUGGGUUGCGCCCUAACCUGCAGUUUGCACUUUCUACACGAGGGGGCGGCGCAGCGCUGGCUAUGCUUACUCCUGGCAGCAGCACUCAGCUGGUUUCUGGCUAGGCAGGCCACAAACCUGCUGCACCAUGUCAUAGCUCUGUAUAAACUCCACAGCUCACAGGGCUACUGCGGCAUUUGCAUCAGCCUCCUCACAUCGGGCAGCUCCCUGCUGCCCAUGCUGUGCAGGACCAUCAUCAUUACCUUCUCUGUGGCUGUGCUGGCUGCUGUUUCAACCAUCAACCAACAUUUCCUCUCUGCAACAGAAGCCCUUAGGUUUUGGACACCACUUACUAUCUGCUAUACGCUGUUGGUGGUGUACAUGCAGGAAGAGCAACACCGUCUGCCUAGCAGCCAGGCCGUCCUCAAUGCAGUGGUGGUGCGUCUCGGGGGUUUGAUGGUCCUGAUGCUGACUGUUGGACGCUGGGCAGACGUGUUCCACAUCCUAAUAUGUUUCCUCGGAGAGGCUAGCUGUCUACUCCCCACCAAGGAUCUGCUGGAUGCAGCAUCCUCACAGGAUGAAGAGGAUUAUACAGAGUACAGAAGGAGGGAGCGUCAGCAAACACCACGAGCCUUCAAGAAAGAGCAUCAGAGAUAGGCACUCUGGGAUUUUAAAGCCUGCACGUCUCUUUAAUGGCACUAUUUAGUGGAAAUCAUAUCAAGGCAACGUUGCUUUCUACCUACAAUGUAGUAUACAUUUUGUAUUAAAUAUUUGACACAACUCAUCAUGUAAGGAAUGUUUACAGUCUUUUCACAUUUUCUAAAAGAACAAUUUCAUGGUUAUCAACAACUAUUCAAUAGGCAGCCUUUCAACAAGUCCUGGAGUUCAUUUUACUUCUUAGGAUGCUAAGGAUGUGUUUUUAAGCUUGUUUUCUUCCUGCUGGUUAGUCAUACUGUUUCAACAAUAAUGGUUAUCUGGGUCUGUGUGACCUCUUGGGAAGAUUUACCGUUUGAGAUCAUUUCCAGUAGAGCAGAUUAAGGUCAAAGUAUUAUUAUUUUUUUAUUCAGUAGAUUUCGCAUUUCCCAGCAUUUUCAGUUGAGAAGCAAUACAAAACCCAUUUUUUAUAUUUCACCAACGCUGAACCCCUUUCUUUUAUUCUUGCAGUAUAAGGUAGGCAUUCAACAGAAACAGAAUAAUAAAGCUGCACAAAAUAGGAAAUUAUUCCAUUUAUUGGAAAAAAAACCCCGACAGAAAAUGUAAAUUUAGACUCCCAUAUCACGUCGUCGUUUUUAACCAUUAAAGCAGUCGCUGUUACAGCAGGUAAAUGCACUCUACAGAGGAGCUAACAUUACUAAGUGUAGUACUGACAUGACUGCAAACAUCCAAUAACUGCAUACCACACAGCCUGGGCAGUGGGUAAGCUUAUUCGUUUGUUUUGUUGUUUGUUCACUUAUUUCCCCGCGACAGGCCCGCAAACACCAUUGUGCUCUGCUAGUGUUCAAAGGCUGUGUGCUUGAAAAGAAAAGGCAAAAUGGCUGACGACAACGUUAGUGCUCCAAAGACACACAAAAUGGCGUUAGACAAAGAAAAGGCUAGUUUACUUGAUUAUACGUCGACCUUAGCUCCAUUUUGUUGGACAAACACGCUGUUAAACAGCUAGCAAGCCGUAUUAAUUCACACUGUUGUUGUAAUGGCAGCAAAUUCGCUUUAUUAGGCUACACUCAAAGGGGCUUUUUAUGAGGAAGUUUGAGAUACCGCCCUUCCAGCCUGUGCUACAUUGUCUCAAUAACAGUAGCCAAGGUUAAAGCCUGACUUCGUGUGACAAUUUAACACCCAUAUCGAAUUAAAUCCACAAUGUGUCGCCGGUGUUAUGCCCAUUAGAUCUGUCUUUAUUGAGAGCUGUGGACAGACAGAAACAUAUUCCAUGAGAGGGUUUUUGUUAUGUCAGUCCCGUCAUCCCGUGUCAAAAAAAAUUACAGGGGGAAACAUUAGCCUGACGGUCCAGUUUCCACGAUAAUCCACGUCUGAAAAUCACUGAAGAUGAAAUUUAGUUUUUGGUGUCUAGUCGAUCCACCAAAAUGAGAAAUUGUACUCCCAGAGGUUUAUUAGACUUUUAAUGGAGUAAAGUUCCACAUCAGGACGCUUUCAGUAGACAUAGGGAGGACGCUCUGAGCACCCGAGUACGGUGAAAAUGCCCAUAGAACUGACUGAGCGCCGUUGUAACCUCCUCUGGAGAUUUCCAGAUUGUUCUGUCUUCAUCUGAUAGGCACAGUGGACGCAUGCGCAAAGCAGUUUCGCGUGUCCCCUGUUACUGCAUUUUAACGCAGGCGCACUUCUCCCUUUAAGUAUUCUUAAUAUAGUAACAAAAGCAGAAUAAUGCCCCGCUGUAGUUGCAGCUUUAUUUUCAAACCAAACAAGCCAG